AUGUUGAGCAACGCCGUCCUAGCUGGCAUCCGCACCCUUGAACCCGACACAUACUCAAUCACUGCCACCAUUGAAAAGCAACUGCUAUCAUCUGCCAUCAAAUCAACCCACUCCAUGGCCGUAACAUGGGACCGCGUCAAAACAGCAACAGCGAGCGACACAACAAUGGAGAAGCUCCUUUCAACCAUUACAGCAGGCUUCCUCGAGUUUCGCCACGAACUCCCCCCUGAUUUACAGGAAUUUUUCCAAUUUCGUGAACACCUCUUUGCCAUCGAUGGGGUUAUCCUAUACAAAGCUCGCAUUGUCAUACCCUCAUCCCUAAGAAGUCACAUCCUAUCCAUCCUCCAUUCGGCUCACCAAGGCAUCACCUCAAUGACCUCUCGCGCCGAGGCAACCGUAUUCUGGCCUGGCAUAACACCGGCAAUUCGAGCCAUAAGAGAAUCCUGUCAACACUGCAACCGAAUGGCCCCAUCUCAUCCAAACCCCCCUCCCACACCCAUCACUCCACCAAGCUACCCAUUUCAACUCUUAUGCGCUGAUUACUUCCAUUACCAAGGAGUCAAUUACCUCGUGGUCAUAGAUCGGUACUCCAACUGGCCCAUAAUAGAGCGUUGCAAAGACGGUGCAACUGGAUUAAUCCACUGCUUACGACAUAUCUUUGUCACAUUUGGAAUUCCAGAUGAGCUAGCAACCGACGGUGGACCUGAAUUUACUGCCACAUCAACACAAGAUUUCCUCACAUCCUGGGGAGUCCAUCAUCGCCUGUCAUCCGUCGCCUACCCUCACUCAAACUGCCGCACCGAGGUUGGUGUCAAAACAGUUAAGCGCUUAAUAACCAACAACACUGGCCCUAACGGUACCCUUGACACCGACACCUUACAAAUUGCUAUCCUCCAGUACCGAAAUACACCCGAUCCCACCACAAAACUGUCACCAGCAGAAUGCAUCUUCGGAAGACCGAUCAAAGAUUUCAUCCCUAUUGCCCCUGGGCGUUACCAACCCCACCCUGCCUGGAAAGAUACCCUUAUGACCCGCGAACAAGCACUUCGCAACCGUCAUAUGCGAACCACUGAAUGGCUGUCCGAGUACACACGCCGACUCCCACCACUGAAAGUUGGGGAUCAAGUCCGAAUACAGAACCAAAUUGGCCCCCACCCAAAAAAAUGGGAUAAAACAGGCUUAGUGAUUGAAGUCCGUCAAUUUGAUCAGUAUGCAAUCCGUGUGGACGGGUCAGGCCGUGUGACACUCCACAAUCGUAAAUUCCUACGCAAAUUCAUUCCAGUUCAACAGCGACAACCCCGACAUACUAUCACUGAGGAUUUACGGUAUCUACCAACCCCACAGACCAAAGCUCCUCAACCAACAUUGCACCCCCCCACCAACAGAGCCACCAAACAUCCCCAGCCCUACACCUCCCACACCCCAGUCCACAUCAAUGCCAUCUACACCAAACCACAUCACACUGGAGCAAACCCCUAUCCCCGCCAGUCAGGCACCUGA